CGGACUCUCCCCCCUUUUCUUCCGAAACAUACAACGUCGACUGACACUUACCUCACAGCUCGGGCUCAAACGGAGUGAAACUACAACCCUACGAUAAAACAAAGAUUAGUAUUGAGUGUAUUGGCGCUAUUGUCACGGGAGAUUAUGACUAUCGGUCUUGAAAUACCAGUAUUUGGUGCGAGUGCUGCUUCCAAAGCCAUCGAGUUAGGGGCAUCACGCAUCGAACUUAAUGCUUCAGGAUCGUACUCAGAUGGAGGCUUGACACCAUCACUCGAGGAACUGAAAGGUUCCUCGUGCGUCAGAGUUCCACUGCGCGUUAUGAUCAGGCCCCGUGGUCCUCCGUCAGAACUCCAAGCCCGUGACUUCAUCUACUCCGACGAAGAAUUUGCGCAAAUGGAGACUUCUAUACAAAGGUUCAAAGAUGCAGGCUUAUUAAAUGAGGGACGUGGCGAUGGCUUUGUUUUUGGAAUCUUGAAGGAGUCCCAGGAUGCUGCUGAGACCGGUACUGGCAGGAGGAAAUGCUGGGUUGAUAAAGAGAGAUGCAACCGUCUAGUUGAAGCUGCUCGCCCAUUCAAAACCGUAUUUCACCGCGCAUUUGACGAAAUAGUCAGCUGUGAUGACACUGGGGUAGCUAUCGAUGAUCGGCAUGCUUGGCGGAUAGGGCUGGACGAUCUGGCGGCGUGUGGCUUUGAUGCUAUACUCACAUCCGGCGGGCUCGGAAAUGCCAUCCAGAACGUAGCUAUGCUAGACAGAAUCAUCACAAGAGCAGAAGUUUUUGAAAUUGAGAUCAUUGUUGGUGGUGGUGUUCGAAAACACAAUAUUCAACGAUUGUCUCAACAGCUGAAGCUAAAAGAAAGGCCGUCGACAUAUGUCCAUUCGGCAUGUCUUUCUAAUACUGUAUCUGAGGGCUUCGAUGUUGACGAAGCUAUUGGCGUCCUGUUACACUUAGGAUAGAAUCUACGUCUCUCUACUUUUAAAUGGAAUUAUAUAGAUAUAAUUACUUAGAUAUUCCGCUUAACGAUAGGUAAGUGAAUAGAUACACUCAGUUUUUUUUUCUCCUUUUUUUUUAAAAAAAAAAGUCCUAACAGGUAGCUACAAUGAAAUAAA